AUGGAUAGUAAUUGUGUAAUAUGUUCACCCCACACUUGUCUUCCCGUUCAAGAUGGAGAUAACGGUAGAGGUAGUGGUGUAACUGUUCUUUUGACUGGUGCUACUGGGCUCAUAUACUCAAACAGCUAUCAAAGAGCCCAGGGAAAGAGAUACAGAAAUCUGGGUUAUGGUGAGUCUAAAUGGUUAGCAGAGGAGAUAUGUGAAAAGUUUUCAAAGGUAGGUUGGAAGAAUAUUGGUUUGAAAAUAUCACAAGUUGAAAUCAACGUGUUGAGAAUUGGACAAUUGUGUGGAGCUCUUGAGACUCGAGUAUGGAACAAAACAGAGUAUUGGUCACUCUUGAUUGCUGGUUAUAGAUUUACGGGUUGUCUUCCAUUACUUGAUUGGAUAGUCCUGAUUUUGAUUAUGUAA